AUGGCACCAAUCACGCGGAAUACUUCACUUAAGGCGCUUCAAACGAGGUUGAAGGCUCUAUUGGGAAUGUUCGACGAUAUUUGCCGUUUUGUCGACUCGAUGGAUGAUGACACUCCAGCGACUGCAGCGACAGUUCGUAUAGAGAAAUUGGACGAAUUAUGGGAUCAGCUCAACGACACAACAAUGGAGAUCGAGAUGCACGAAGAUUUCAAUGACGAUGACGAAACCUACUCCAGGAAACGAUCGGAAUUUGGCGAUCGUUAUUACAGGGCGAAAUCUUUGCUACUUGAGAAGGUCAAGGAGCCAGAGAAGAAGUUGAACCUUUCAAUUACCAACCAACAACCAAUCCAUGAGCACGUUAGACUCCCACAAAUCAAGUUGCAGACCUUCGAUGGCAACAUUGAUGAGUGGUUGAGCUUUAGGGAUCUGUAUUUGUCAUUGAUUCAUUGCAAAACAGACUUACCAGAUGUAGAAAAACUCCACUAUUUAAAGGGGUGCUUAGUAGGAGAAGCUAGGUCUUUGAUAGACUCGCUCGCAAUCACCAAAGCGAAUUACCAGAUAGCGUGGGAUGCGUCAAUGAAACGCUAUAAUGAUAGCAAGAUGCUCAAGCGUAGGCAGGUGCAGGCACUUUUUAAUUUACCAAGCGUUACAAGAGAGUCGGUAGCCGAACUGCAGUCACUUUUAGAAGCUUUUGAGAGUAUCGUUAAAACUUUGGAUCAACUAGUACAACCAGCCGAUUACAAGGAUUUAUUGCUACUGGAUGUGUUGUGUUCGAGAAUGGAUCCAACUACACGCAGAAGCUGGGAGGAGCAUUCUACUCCAAAGGAGCAUAAUACGAUCGAAGAUUUAACGGAAUUCCUACAGAGGAGAAUAAGGGUGCUUAGUUCACUUCCCGAAGAAUCCGUCGAGGCGAAUCAGGAUUAUUCACAACAAUUCAAGGGGAAAAUACCUUUAGCCAAAACUAGCCAUAACGCAUUGAUAUCGUCCAGGGAACAAUGUGUAUCUCAAACCACCUUUACGCGAAGAAAUGUUUCGAUAGAUCUACUGGAAAACGUUCUGGUUCUAAACGACUCCGAACCGACAUUCGUCAAUCAAUCAUUCUACAUAGCAAAACUUAAUCAAGCACCGGCCGAUAGCAAAGGAAACUCCGCCGGUCCAGAUGAUAUCUGA